AUGCGUUCGAGCGCGUCGGAACACCGCGCGGCGCUGCGAGACGGUGAGAUCGUGCGCGAGACGGUGGUGCACGAGCGGUACUUCACCGUGUACGAUCGCUUGGUUGAGUUUCAAAGCGACGACGGUUCGACGACGAAGCGGUUCGCGUACGACGUCGUGGGACAUCCGAAGAGCGCGUUCGCGUUCGUGUGCGUCGCGCCGUUUCACGACCGAGAGGUGACGUCGAGCGGGGAGCCGGAGUUCACGGUGGUGCGAGAGUACGCGCAAGGGAGCAACGCGGAGUGCGUGGUGUUGCCUAGCGGAUGUUAUGAACCGGGAAAGCACGCGACGAUGGAGGAGGUGGCUGUAGACGAGUUGAGGCAGGAGAGCCGGAUCGCGGGGGGGGAGCUGUUUCGGCUGAUCGAGCGGGACAAUCCGGGUCUUUUAGAGACGAAGUGGUGUCGGAACAGGUUGUUUCCGUUUCUGAGCGUCGACGGCGUCGCGUGCGGAGACGGAGAGGAGUGCGGGAGGGACGAUGAGGAGUUCAACAUGACACACGAGCGGGUGACGGUGCGGGAGCUGAAGAAGCUCAUGUACAGCGGGGAGAUGAUGAUGCCAUCGGUCGUCACCGCGCAACUCGCCAUAGACAAACUCCUUGCGAUGGGCAGGCUCAAGCCGGAGGAUCUUGUGUAA